AGGUGAUGGUCUUUAUUUCUGCUGCACUCAGACAGACAGAGGGAGACUGUGUUUGUGUGUUUGUGUGUGGCCUGGUAUGCCACAAGGGAUGAGAUUCUUAACACGUCAUAUACCACUAAGAGAGUGUCACAGGAUCUCCAGCCAAGCAGAUAGUGAAGGAGAGAGCGGGCUGCAGCUGCAUGGAAAAACAGAGCCGUUCGUAGAGGCACUGACAUGUCCAGGGGCGGUAAUAGAACAGAUAAGGCCGAUGACAAGGUGGAGCGGUGUGGCCGGGGGAGCUGGUGGCUGGGAACACUAAAAGACACACCGAUCCCGGGUCUUUAUCACAUCCGUGACUUCAUCGAAGAAGCUGAACUCAACCCUGUGAGGAAGACCUAUGGGUUUAAAAGCGUGGGGAGAAGAGCCCAAACUCUGGGCAUACGUAAUGGGGAUCUACUUCUACCAGGAGCUUAUGGCUACACUGACUCCAUACAGGAGGUUCUGAAGCACAAGGCCUCCUACUCCUUCAAGAACUGUCCACGACCUGACAUCGUCACCCUGGGCAUCAGGGACGAGCAUAUACACACUUCACCCUGCGACUACAAUGUGAGUGAGAAACCAGUGGAGAAGACUCCUUGCAAGCACGUGAUGUUUCGCUCUACUGUGCAGCGGAUCAGCUUUCCACCUAAAGAGGGACCUGCUCCAUGCCAGUAUGAUCCACUGUCCAGACCCUCAAGGGGCAUCACGUCCUGCUUCAGAUCCAGGUUACCACGGCUGCACUUUGCGCACUCGAACACCCCUGGACCGGGUGCCUACGAGCCCUGCUGGAAGUUGGGCGACCAUCUGAGCACAGAGGCCACUGAUCCAUCGUUUAGUCUCCUCUACCGUAACAUGUAGUGUGGACUUUCCACCAUGCCUUGUUUCCAGCUGCAUAACAUUGGCCUACCUGAUUAUUGGAAUUAAAGCAUACAUGAGAAAUACA